AUGGUAUUAGUUGGUGCGAUCACUAUCCUUUCAAUUGAUUAUCUCAUACUAUGCGUCGAGCAACUGCAGCUUCGAUCAUACGAGGAGAUUUCAGGGGCGUUGUUGGGACGUUCUUUUGAGGAAGUUGUUCGCUGGAUGCUUAUUGUGUACAACAUUGGUGUGGCAGCGGGGUACAUUGUUGUUAUUGGGGAGAUCUUUGCACCUUUAUUGCCGAUAAUCAGUGAGCAAAUUCCAUUGCUUUCGACUCCUACACGAAUUAUGAUUGCCGUUUGGGCGUUCAUCAUGCUCCCUUUAUCAUGUAUUCCGCAGAUGUCAUCUCUGCGUUUUGUGUCCGUCUUGGCGAUUACCGCAACGUUUGUCGUAUCGGGCGUUAUUGCGUAUAGGUAUAUUUUUCCAUUGGAUCCGCGAGCAACGCACAAUGAAAGAGAAAUAAAGUACAUUUCGUUAUCAAGUCGCACUGUAUUGGCGUUACCAAUCUUGAUGUUCUCUUUUGAUUGCCAGACAUUGGUGUUUCAAGUUUACGCCAGUAUCAGCGAAAGGACUCGAAAAGGCAUGGCGACAGUAGCAACACUUAGUAUUAUUAUUACUGGAAUUGUAUACGGUAUUGUUGGUCUCUUUGGUUAUUUGUCCAACACCCCUAAUGUUCAUGGAAACAUAUUGACAAACUACAAUCCAAUUAAAGAUAGAGUAUUUGCUGUAGGUGAAGCCAUGUACUCUGUCACGGUUACAACAGCUUAUGUCCUUGUCUUGUUUCCUUGUCGAGACGCUGUGUUUAUUCUGUUGUAUGGAUUCAAUAGUGCAACCCAUGACAAUUUUCAUAACGCCAUAUCCACAAAGGACAAUCUGAUUGCAAGCUCACUGCUCUCCCUUCUGAGUAUUUUAUUAGCUUUGGGGGCACCAGGAAUCCUUUACAUUAUUGCUUUGUUGGGAGGUCUUUGCAGUGGCACAAUAUGCUUUACGUAUCCUGCAGCUUUCCGCCUUCGACUGCAUGCACUGGGUGUUUGUAAAGCUUCGCCAUCCGAGCUAUGUAUGGCGUAUCUCAUGCUAACUCUCGGCCUCGUCGGUGCUAUGAUGGGAACUGUGGUAGCGUUUACAGGAAUUAGUUAG